GGCGCUCGGCAUGGCGCGGGCGGCCCGGCUGCUGCUCGGAGCGCUGCUCUGCGGAGUGACAGAGUGUCGAGGGGUCUUGGACAAUAAUCAGCGAUUUUCUUCACUACCAACGUACCUACCUGUGAGCUAUCGGCUCUUCAACGCCGAGACAUCCUUCUUCCUCAAAGAAGCCAACCAGGACUUGAUGAGGAACUCCAGUCUGCAGUCCAGGGUGGAGUCGUUCUUCCCAUACAAAGCCAAGAGGCCGCCCGUGUUAAACGCCAGCUACGGUCCCUUCUCCGUGGAGCAACCCGUGCCCCAGGACCUCCUGCUGACUUCCAGCUCUUUCGGCUCCGCCAACAAGUUCACGUACAACUGGAAGCUGCAGGCCUACAUCCUGAGCCCCAAGAUCUACCUGAGCAAGCCCAGGGUGCAGGUGCUGUUCUACGUGGUGGGCAGGGACUGGGACGAGCGCAGCCCCGCGGAGCGGCUGCCCUGCCUGCGCGUGUUCGCCUUCCGCGAGACGCGCGAGGUGCGCGGCAGCUGCCGCCUCGGGGGGGACCUGGGGCUCUGCGUGGCGCAGCUGGAGCUGCUGCCCGCCUGGUUCAGCCCCCCGCCCGUGCUCACGGGCCGCAAGAAGCCGGCGGAGCAGCCCGAGGGCAGCCCCGUGGAGCUCUACUACACCGUGCAGCCCGGGGACGAGAAGGGCGAGUGCACGGCCGAGGAUGGCCGCAAGGGCAACGCCAUCCGGCCCGGGAAGGACGGCGUGGACGAAAGCGUGUCCCACCUGCGCAGGAUUGGCUCCGUCAGCCUCUACCGGGGCCAGGAGGCCUCCCAGCUGACCGAGCUACGGCUGGACAGCAACGUGGUGGUGUGGCUGCCCUCCAAGCCCGUCAAACAAGGGGAGGUUGUGAAUGUUUACGUGACCAUUGCCAACAACUCCACGGUGGACCAGUUCAUCCUCAGGUAAGGAGG